AAUUCUAGUUUCGCUCUCCCCAGAGUUUUUCUUCUUCCAUGGCCGAAGCGACUAAGCACGAGAGAAAUCUUCAGAAAAUUUUGCUCGAAAAGGUAGCAGAAGCCAUCUCUACAAUUUCUGAUGCGAAGCACGUCGACCAGGUGAUCUCCGCUAUUCAUUCCGUCGCCGUUCUUCUCUUCCCGGUCGAUCCAUCUUUGUUUUCCGGGAGUAUUGGUGACAAGUACAGAGAAAGGGUCUGUAGCUCCGUAGUUCCUUCUGCAGAUGAGAGAAAUGAUUGGUCGCAGACGUUCUACAGAGGAGUUGCGUUUCCAACGUUUGCUCGGGUUUUGUUACUUGAUGUUGCUUCGGAUUGGCUGUCUUGUUUCCCUAUUUCAGUGCAGAAACAUUUGUAUGAUGUGUUCUUCUUAGAUGGACAUGUUAUCGAGGUUGUUCAGGUCUUGGUUCCUUUCCUACGUCAUGUGGAAAAUGGUGGCUUUGAUGAUAAUUCUGUCCAGACUAAUGUGGAAAGAUUGCUUAUAUUGUGUUUGCUCGAACAUGCUGGAGUGCUCAAGAUAACAAAGGAAAUUGGUGAUAGUUAUCAAGGAGAUGUUUCUAAGAAUGGAAGUCUCAAGCCUUUGUUAUCGAGGCUAUCACAGAUCUUGACCUCCAUUCCUGAUAAAGCACGGUUAAAAGCCCCACCAUUACUUUCUUCUCACUUGUACUUCAAGCACAUUACCAGUCAGCUUCUAAAAAUAUUGGAUAACCGAGCUUCCUGCACUGAGGCCAAUAGCACAGUUAUUGUUUUAUCAUUUGUCGGGGAAAUAUUUUCCCGCAUCUGUCGACGCGGAUUAUCAGAUUUGCUGUUAAGUGAAGUAACACCUCAUGUGUUAGCUCAUGUUAGGAGAUUAAUAAACUCAAAGAUGGGUUCUAUUGAGAUGGAAACAUUUCAGUUGGACCCUACUCCCCAGAUUUGGUCGAAAGCUAUGGAAGCAGUGACAGAUCCGUAUGCUGUUGAGAAAAUGGCUGAACAACUUUUACAUCAGCUAUAUGCUGAGCAUGCAAGUGAUGUUGAAGCUUUCUGGACUAUUUGGACUUUGUUUCAUCGCAAUGUAAUACAUCAAGCAUCAGUGAGGUCCAUAUUUGUAGACAAAUUUUUGCUUUGGAAAGUAUUUCCUAUACGUUGUCUGCGAUGGAUCUUACAGUUUUCAGUUCUUGAGUGCCCACCGGUUACUAAUACACUUGCUAAAGGUGAUGUCAUGCAAGGACUGCUUGAAACAACCCAGCGACUAGCCUCAGUUUGGUCAAAAGGGGAGUUUCUGCAGUCCGUCCCGUUGGAGCAGCAAGCUUAUAUAACUGCAGCUCUUGGGCUUUGCCUAGAGAACGUGUCAAGAGAGGAACUAGAUAGAACGAAGGAUGCAAUGCACAGUAUUCUUCAAGGAGUUAGCUGUAGACUGGAGAACCCAGGAGAUCUGGUACGGAAAAUGGCUAGCUCUAUCGCCUUUGUGUUCUCUAAAGUAAUUGACCCGAAGAAUCCUCUGUACCUUGAUGAUUCAUUCACUGGGAAUGCAAUUGACUGGGAAUUUGGAUUGCAUGUGGGAGGGGUCCCAUCAAUCACAACUACAAUGGAAAAUGAAGAUGGUGAAACCAAUACAUCAGCCUCCUUAACUGAAGUAAAUGGCUCUAGCCGCAGAGAUAAGGAAAAGAAAAAUCGCAAGAGCAGGAACAUUUCAGAAUUUGUAUUGGCUGAUCCUGAUGAAAUAGUUGAUUUGGCUACCUUAAACUGUGAAACAGAGAGUGAUAAAGAUGAUGGUGAUGAUACAAGUGUCAGCUCUGAUAAUUCAAGUGUCACUUCUUUGGAACCAUAUGAUCUAUUAGAUGAUGACAAGGAUUUGGGGAAACAAUUUACGCAUUUGGUCGAUGUGGUUGGAGCUCUUCGGAAAACUGAUGAUGCUAUUGGGAUGGAGAAAGCUAUAUAUGUUGCAGAGAAACUUGUGCGAGCAUCACCUGAUGAACUGACUCAUAUAGCUGGUGAUCUUGCUCGAACUCUUGUACAGGUUCGCUGCUCUGAUAUAACAAUUGAAGGUGAAGAAGAUUCAGCAGAAGAGAAGCGGCAAAGAGCUCUAAUUGCAUUGCUUGUGACCUGUCCAUUUGAAUCCCUUGAAACUCUUAACAAUAUAUUGUAUUCGCCUAAUGUAGAUGUAAGUCAGCGCAUAAUGAUACUAGAUGUCAUGGCUGAAGCAGCUCGGGAGCUUGCUAAUUCCAAGACCCUGAAACCUAAACACGAUUCAAGGGGACCUCUGAUAUCAAAUAUGUCAGAUCCUCAACCCUGGUAUUUGCCUAGCAAUGCGAGUACCCCAUGGAAAAAGGUCUCCGAGACAGGAUCUUUUCAUCUGAAUUGGGCAAAUCGAUUUGAGAGAGAGCUACAGUCAAAACCGGGACAGACGAAGAAAGGAAAAAGUCGAAGGUGGAGCCUCAAAUCAGCAGACAGAGAUCAAAACAGUACUGACUGGUCUCAGAAUAGAUUUCCACUAUAUGCAGCAGCAUUUAUGCUUCCAGCCAUGAAAGAGUUUGACAAGAAACGACAUGGUGUUGACUUACUUGGCAGGGACUUUGUUGUCCUUGGGAAACUUGUUCAUAUGCUCGGCGUCUGUAUGCAAUGUGCAUCAAUGCAUCCAGAAGCAUCUGCAUUAGCUAUCUCUCUUCUAGAUAUGUUGCAACGAAGGGAAGUAUGCACUCACCCAGAAGCAUAUGUUCGAAGAGCGGUCCUUUUUGCAGCCUCUUCUGUUUUGGUCGCUCUUCACCCGUCUUACAUAGUGGCAACCUUGGUUGAAGGAAAUCUUGAUCUUUCCAGAGCUCUUGAAUGGAUCAGAACGUGGGCUCUUCAAAUAGCUGACUCAGACAUAGACCGAGACUGUUACACGAUGGCUUUGUCAUGUCUCCAACUUCAUGCUGAGAUGGCUCUUCAAACUUCCCGAGCUUUAGAAUCAACCGGUGGAAGUAGCGGCAGCAGCAUUGGACCGAUGAACAUAAGUCUACCUUCUAAUAUUUCUAAGCUGACAUCAAUCAAACUCCCUUCUUCAAAUGUUCAUCUCUAGAAAUUGCAGUCUCAUUAAUUUGGCUGUAAUUGCUUCUGUAAAGUAACAUUUCUUCACUAAAGAACUCAUGUGUAAAUCGAUUUUUUAUAUCUAUUACAAAAUUUUGAGAUUUGAUAA